CUCCAUAACACGAGAAGUCUACUCUUCAACUUGAACACCCGCUCCGAUCAUGGCUGCAACCAUGUUGCCAACCGCUUACGUGCCAUCAGCCGCAUCGCCCGACUGGCUAAACAAAGGCGACAACGCGUGGCAGAUGAUAUCCGCCACGCUUGUCGGCCUUCAAAGCGUUCCAGGACUCGUGAUCUUGUACGGAAGCAUAGUGAAGAAGAAAUGGGCAGUGAACUCGGCUUUCAUGGCGCUAUACGCCUUUUCUGCUGUCGUUAUCUGCUGGGUUACAUGGGCUUACAAGAUGUCGUUCGGCGAAAAGCUCCUUCCCUUUUGGGGCAAAGCCGGACCGGCCCUUGGCCAGAAGUUUUUGAUCAAGCAAGCUGCGUUGCCGGCCUCCGGUCACUAUUACCACAACGGCACCCUUGAAACAGCGAUGAUCACGCCAUUCUAUCCAAUGGCGUCGAUGGUGUGGUUUCAAUGCGUAUUUGCAGCAAUCGCAGUGAUAUUGUUGGCGGGAUCGUUGCUUGGAAGGAUGAACAUCAAGGCAUGGAUGGCAUUUGUGCCAUUAUGGUUGACAUUCUCCUACACCGUUGGUGCAUUCAGCUUGUGGGGUGGUGGUUUCUUAUUUCAUUGGGGUGUCAUGGAUUACUCAGGUGGUUAUGUUAUUCAUCUAUCAUCUGGAGUCGCUGGUUUCACCGCCGCUUAUUGGGUAGGCCCAAGAUUAACUGUGGAUAGAGAAAGAUUUCCACCAAACAAUGUACUAAUGACAUUGGCAGGAGCAGGGUUGUUAUGGAUGGGCUGGGCCGGUUUCAAUGGUGGUGAUCCAUACAGUGCCAACAUAGACUCCUCAAUGGCUGUACUCAACACCAACAUCUGUGCAGCCACCAGCCUCCUGGUCUGGACCUGGCUCGACGUCAUUUUCUUCGGUAAACCCUCUGUUAUCGGUGCGGUCCAAGGCAUGAUCACUGGGCUCGUGUGCAUCACCCCUGGGGCCGGUUUGGUUCAAGGGUGGGCUGCCAUUGUAAUGGGUGUUCUUUCGGGUAGCGUACCGUGGUUUACUAUGAUGGUGGUUCAUAAAAAAUGGACUUUGUUGCAAAAGGUUGACGAUACGCUUGGUGUCGUCCACACGCACGCGGUGGCAGGGUACCUUGGUGGCGUUCUUACAGGUGUGUUUGCGGAGCCCACGCUUUGUUCGUUGUUUUUGCCGGUGACAAACUCGCGUGGUGGUGUUUAUGGUGGUUCGGGUGGUGUGCAGGUACUAAAACAGUUGGUCGGUGGUGGGUUUAUUAUUGGAUGGAACAUAGUGGUGACCUCGAUCAUUUGUGUGGUGAUUGGUCUGGUGAUUCCGUUGCGGAUGUCAGAUGAACAGUUGUUGAUUGGCGAUGAUGCGGUUCAUGGUGAGGAGGCGUAUGCGUUGUGGGGAGAUGGAGAGAAAUAUGACGGAACAAAACAUGGGCUUUAUUCCGAUGAUACCGGACACCACCGGUCUGCCAGUGGUACCACUCAGAUGCUUUGAAAGUUCAAAAGUUUAAUACAACAAUCAUCAUACUAUUUGAUUCUCGUACUAUACGAUAGCCCCAAGUUUGGCCCGACACCCCCCGUGGACCCUGCACAUACAAGGCCUCGUGUCCUCAGGGUUUGCCCUAAUUGUACUUUUGAUUAUGUUGAUUAUGGUUUCUCUCAUGUGUAUCUGUGUUUUUAAGUGAUAAAUUUAUAAUUGUCCAUACAAAUUUUAGUGACCGUUUGUUUACUCA